GCGGCCGCCUGAGGGGGGGCGGCCGGGGGGACUGGAGCGCCGUGUGGGGACAGGGACUUGGAACGGGCAGGGUCACUCGGUCGUUAAUCCCAGCUACUCAUGUGACGGACACCCCGCGGCAGUGAAGGAAGAGUGUCCCUGCCUUGCCUCUGAUUUCAUGCCAAGAGAAAGUCCUGUCUGCUGCUUGUCAGAGCCCCUCCUCUGCUCUUGUCCCUCACCCUCCCGUGCUGGGGCUCUGCGUGGAGCGAGAUCAGCCCGUGCCGUUGUAUUUAUGUGACUGAAGGUCUCAGCUGAUCACUUCUUUUCUUGUGCAGCCAAGAGGUUUGCAGCAGCAGCAACAGCCACGGCCAGUACAAUACUUAAGAAGAUUCCUAAAAGGAUGGCAUCCCUCUUGGAGAUGAAAGAAAUCUUCCGCAAUGCUGAUGCAGUAUGCUUUGAUGUGGACAGUACAGUCAUCAGGGAAGAAGGCAUUGAUGAACUUGCAAAGUUCUGUGGAGUAGGCGAUGCCGUUGCAGAAAUGACCCGCAGAGCUAUGGGUGGCACUGUGACAUUCAAAGCAGCUUUAACAGCACGACUAGCCCUCAUACGUCCAUCCUAUGAGCAAGUGCAGAAAUUAAUAUCGGACAACCCACCUCAGCUAACACCAGGAAUAAGGGAGCUGGUGAGCAGGCUUCAUCAGCGAGGAGUCCAGGUCUUUUUGGUCUCUGGGGGGUUUCAGAGCAUCGUGGAGCAUGUGGCCUCACAGCUGAACAUUCCAACAGCAAAUGUCUUCGCCAACAGGCUGAAGUUUUACUUUAAUGGAGAAUACGCAGGAUUUGAUGAAACACAACCAACAGCUGAAUCAGGGGGGAAAGGAAAGGUUAUUACUCAUCUGAAGGAACAGUUCCACUUUAAGAAAGUAGUUAUGAUUGGAGAUGGAGCUACAGACAUGGAAGCCUGUCCCCCUGCUGACUGCUUCAUUGGAUUUGGAGGAAAUGUUAUCAGAAAACAAGUAAAAGAAAAAGCUAAAUGGUACAUUACUCACUUUGACGAACUGCUAAAGGAACUGGAAGAACGAUAAAUUAUACAGUAAAAUAAUAUAUUUAACAACUAUAAAUGCAUUAUACAAUGCAAUUAAACAUAUAUUUGUUUGCAAA